AUUUCUGAGGUUUAUAAACUUUACCAUAGAUGUAGAUUAAUAUAUAUAUAUAAUGAAAGUUGUAAUAUCCCAUUAUAAUGGGUUUGUGAACCUGAUUGUGCUUUCUGGUUCACUAGGACACAAACAAGUGUACAGUAGAUGUUUUUGUCCCAUUUUUCUAUUUAAAAAGGAGCUUUUAUUUACAGUAUGUUUCCCCAUUGUGGGGUCAAUUAAAGAUCAAUCUUCUUAAAAACUGACUUUAUGAUCAGUCAUAAAGAUUUCUAUCAAAUGUUUUAGUCUAUUCCAUCUUGGAGUUGCUGGUUAGGGUUUACUAAAUCCUGAAACACAAGAAACAUCAUCCAGCAUUCUUACUUCCUGUCUGUCUGUGUGAAUUUUCCUAAACUCACUUGCAGUAAAUUGACACCACAAACUUCCAGGCGUGCACAGUGGAGUUUGUUUUAACUCUGCCCCUGUUAAGUUGUGUACUUACAUGUGCCGACCUGGAGGGAGGCUGACAUCUGGCUGAGAGGGAUGAGUGUCUGUGUGAGAAAGGAGAAGACGCUGUGAAGAAGGAAUCCUGCACUUGUUUUCAGAGUUCGGCUCAAAGCCCAGCUGAAUGGGAAGAAUGGACAGUGAAAUGGAAACAAUGACCUCCAGUCUCGACUGUCCUAUGAGUCCAAGUCAUUUGACAGGCCUGGGGACGAACGGUCCUCUUUCCCCCAAAUACAGACACUCGGGACCAGGUCUCUCUAGUCCACAGGAAUACAACCAGUGGCUGCCAUUCCGCCAUGAUGCCAGCCUCCUGCCCAUGAAAGAAGAUCUGGCUCUGUGGCUCAACAACAUCAUGGGUGUUACCCUGACUGCAGAUGGUCUGAUGGAGCAGCUGGAUAACGGUGUUCUCCUCUGUCAGCUGGCAAAGCUCCUCCAAGAGAAGAUGACGAACGUCAACACUGCAAAGUCCCAGCCGUUUGUGAGAAGAGUGAUCCACUGGAGAGCUGAUGCAACGUCUGGAUCCUUUUUUGCACGAGACAACACCGCCAACUUCCUCUACUGGUGUCGAAAGAUUGGCGUCGAUGAGUCUUACCUCUUUGAAUCUGAGGAUUUGGUCCUCCACAAGCAGCCUCGGGAGGUGUGUCUGUGUCUGAUGGAUGUGGGCCGGAUUGCAGCCAGGUUUGGCGUGGAGCCCCCAGGUCUGGUGAAGUUGGAGAGAGAAAUAGAAAGAGAAGAGGAAGGUGGCUUCUCCCCAUCAUCCCCUCUCGCCUUUUUCCCAUCCACCUGUUUUUAUUCACCGUCUCCGUCCUCGCUGCCUCCAACCCCCUCACCCUCUCCUCCUCUCACUGCUCCCCUCUCUCUCAGUCUGCCUGAAGCCCUCCCUGCUGCCUCUGAUCUUCCAUCAGCCACCACAAACCCAGCGCUUACAUGUUCAUCCCCACCUGACCCCUCAUGCUCAGCCUCUAACCCGCGUCCAAAUGCAGCCCCCACACAAACACCUUUGUUCUCCUCGUCCUGCGUCUCGGACACAUCUGCUACGUCUGUGCUGUCUGAGCCUUCGCCAGACCAAACUCUGGUCUGCCCCACAACAGCAGACAAACACUCUCCUUCAGUCACUAUUGCCUCCCCACCUGCAACACCCAGUUCACGUUCAUUCAACAAAUCUUCAGGCAGGAGGAGCUCAGGAACCAGCAUUUUGGAUGACAUUGUUCGAAGCAUCAUAGAAAACCCCCCCUGCAGCUGCCCCACAAGGUUUUCUGUUGAAAAGCAGCCAAAAGGCAGCUACCGUGUCGGGGAUAAAGUUCUGUACAUACGGAUGCUGAACGAGCGUCAUGUGAUGGUGCGUGUUGGUGGAGGAUGGGAGACCUUCGUGGGUUACCUGCAGAAGCACGACCCUUGCAGAGGUGGAGGAGGGUCGGCGGGCAGACCUGAGGUCAGGGUCUGUCGGGAAAAAGCCAAAGCACCCAGCCUGAACUUCUCACCGGACAACUACAUGGUGGUUGGAGCCCAUUUCCGUGGGAAAAAGUAGGCCUCCUAACUGAGUUUUACCUUUUACCUCUAAUACAAAAUAGACCUUCAUUUACUGAUGAGGCUCAGUAAAUUACCUGUAGAAGGUUGUCACUAAAACUUCCCAACAGUAUUUGAACAGUUGCAACAAACAUCAAGCCUUCUCUGCUGCAGUCAUGUAAGGUUUUUGCUAAUUUGGACUGAAAAAAGUAACAUUUUUAAUUCAUUUAUACGUGUAAAACAAUGUGGCAGUUGAUAAUGCUGCUGUUUUGUGUUUUUU